AUUUGUACCAACACAUAGAGGAGGAUGUCUGCGACUGUGAAUAAUCCUUUCCAACAUCUAGUGGAGCCUCUGGACCCCAAGGACCCACAACAGCAGUUUUACAAUCUUGCCAAACUUGGAGAUCCCAGAUAUGACCGUCUGCCGUUCUCCAUCCGGGUCCUCCUGGAGUCCGCUGUCAGGAACUGCGAUGAGUUCCUGGUGAAGCGCUCGGAUGUGGAGAGCAUCCUCAACUGGAAGCAGACCCAGACUCAAACUGUGGAGGUGCCUUUCAGACCAGCCCGUGUCAUCCUCCAGGACUUCACUGGUGUCCCUGCUGUGGUGGACUUUGCUGCCAUGCGUGAUGCGGUGAUGAAACUAGGCGGCGACCCAGAGAAGAUUAAUCCCGUUUGCCCUGCUGACCUCGUCAUCGAUCAUUCCAUCCAAGUGGACUUUAACAGGAAGUCUGACAGCCUUCAGAAAAACCAGGACUUGGAGUUUGACCGCAACAAAGAGAGGUUUCAGUUCUUAAAGUGGGGCUCUAAAGCCUUCAGGAACAUGCGAAUCAUUCCUCCUGGUUCAGGGAUCGUUCACCAGGUCAACCUAGAGUACUUGGCCAGAGUGGUGUUUAAGUACGAAGGGUACUUCUACCCUGAUAGCCUGGUGGGAACCGACUCCCACACCACAAUGAUCGAUGGACUGGGAGUCCUGGGCUGGGGCGUUGGUGGAAUUGAAGCGGAGGCUGUAAUGCUGGGUCAGCCAAUAAGCAUGGUACUGCCUGAAGUGGUGGGAUACAAGCUGUGCGGGACCCCAGACAAGCUCAUUACCUCCACUGACAUUGUCCUCACUGUUACUAAGCACCUCCGUCAGGUGGGAGUUGUGGGGAAGUUUGUGGAGUUUUUUGGCCCCGGUGUUGCUCAGCUGUCCAUCGCUGACAGAGCCACCAUCGCCAACAUGUGUCCAGAGUACGGAGCCACGGCAGCGUUCUUCCCUGUGGACGACGUCAGCAUUCAGUACCUCGAGCAGACAGGGCGUGAAGCAGAAAAGCUGGCCUACGUCACAAAGUACCUGAAGGCAGUGGGCAUGUUCAGAGACUACAAUGAUGUCUCUCAGGAUCCAGAUUUCACUCAGGUUGUAGAGCUGGAUCUGAAUACAGUGGUUCCAUGCUGCAGUGGUCCCAAAAGACCCCAGGACAGAAUCCCUGUGUCCGACAUGAAAGAAGACUUUGAAACCUGCCUGGGAGCAAAGCAAGGUUUCAAGGGUUUCCAAGUGGCUCCUGAGCGUCACAGCACUGCAGUCCCCUUCCAGUUUAAUGGACAAGAGUAUACAUUAAACCACGGCUCGGUGGUGAUCGCUGCCAUCACCAGCUGCACCAACACCAGCAAUCCAUCUGUCAUGCUGGGAGCAGGGCUCCUUGCUAAGAAGGCAGUAGAGUGUGGCUUAAGCGUGAAGCCGUACAUAAAGACCAGCCUGUCACCUGGCAGUGGAGUGGUCACCUAUUACCUAAAGGAGAGUGGUGUUAUGGACUACCUCUUUAAGCUGGGCUUUGAGGUUGUUGGCUAUGGUUGCAUGACCUGUAUAGGCAACAGUGGGCCGUUGCCAGAGCCGGUGGUGGAGGCCAUAACCCAGGGAGACCUGGUUGCUGCAGGAGUCUUAUCAGGAAACAGAAACUUUGAAGGGCGAGUCCACCCCAACACCAGAGCAAACUAUCUGGCUUCUCCCCCGCUCGUCAUCGCCUAUGCAAUCGCCGGCACUGUGAGGAUAGACUUUGAGAAAGAGCCCAUUGCCAUUAACUCUGAAGGCAAAGAGAUCUUCCUGAGGGAUAUCUGGCCCACACGGGAGGAGAUUCAGGCUGUGGAGAGAACCUAUGUCAUCCCAUCAAUGUUCAAAGAAGUCUAUGAGAAGAUUGAGAAAGUGAACGAACGCUGGAACUCUCUGGUUGCUCCCUCUGACAAGCUGUAUACCUGGGACCCCAAAUCAACCUACAUCAAGUCACCACCGUUCUUUGAUGGUUUGACCAUGAAGCUGCAGCCACCCAAGUCCAUACAUGACGCCUACGUGCUGCUGAACUUGGGAGACUCGGUCACAACAGACCACAUUUCUCCUGCAGGGAACAUCGCCAGGAAUAGCUCUGCAGCGCGCCACCUGACCAGCAGAGGUUUGACCCCUCGUGACUACAACUCGUACGGCUCCCGUCGAGGUAACGACGCUGUUAUGGCCAGAGGGACGUUUGCCAACAUCCGCCUCUUUAACAAGUUCCUCAACAAGCAGGCGCCACAAACCAUUCACCUGCCAACUGGAGAAACGCUGGAUGUGUUUGAUGCUGCAGAGAGAUACCAGCAGGCAGGAGUCCCUCUGCUGGUUCUAGCAGGGAAGGAGUACGGCUCAGGAAGCUCCAGAGACUGGGCAGCAAAGGGCCCCUUUCUACUGGGCGUUAAGGCCGUGUUAGCAGAGAGCUAUGAGCGGAUCCACCGCAGUAACCUGGUUGGGAUGGGAGUGAUCCCUCUGGAGUAUCUACCCGGGAACACAGCUGACAGCCUGGGACUGACCGGCCGAGAGCGCUACACCGUCAUCAUCCCCGAGCCGCUCACGCCCAGGAUGACGGUGGACGUGAAGCUCGACACAGGGAAAACAUUCCAAGUGCGGAUGAGGUUUGACACCGACGUGGAGCUGACGUACUUCCACCACGGAGGAAUCCUCAACUACAUGAUACGCAAAAUGUCUGAAAACUAACCGAAUAGGAACAGAGCAACACGUUUUUUUCUAAUCCUCAGCUGCAGUCCGAUUUGACGCCAGCGUAGUGAGCUCAUGUAACGGAUGACAGAAGAAUACCGUCCAAAAAGAAUCCAGUCAUUGUCCAUGUUUGGUGCAAAGAGCCACUUACAGCAUCUAUCACAAUAUUCUCAUUUUUGAGACUGCUGCUACUACUUUUAAUUACACAGCAGACCUGGGGGUCAAUAGAUAUGAGAUGUUAAUAUUUAGUUAAGAAGAUUUAAAGAGUUAAAGUGUCAGCUCAAGUAGAAGUCCUCCAGUAUUUCCUAUUAAUAAGAUUGACUCAUUGCUGCAUCCUCUCUGUGGGGGUGUUUGUUUGAAUGUUUACUUUAGUCAUUGGUUUGAGUCAGACAGCAGUACUCGGCAAAGGAUUAAUCCGGUUUAGUACAACUUGGGUCUUAGUUUGGAUCUUGGUUCUGAUCCGAUUGAAUUGCUAUUAAACAGAACUGGGUGUACAAAUGUGUAACUUGACGGUACCAACAGAUAUUCUCUGGUACAACAGUACCAUGUAAGUUAAAUCAGCAUUUUGGCUAACUUCCUGUCCUCUCCCUCCUACCCUGUCACCACACUGAACUCCUGCUGCCUGUCACUGAGGACUGCCACAAAAAAUAUCACGUACAGCAACAUCCUGUAUGCCUCAAGAAAGGAUGCCUCCAAAAUGAGUUAGUGACUGAAGACAUUUUGAAGGCCAGUUCUUCUAUCACUACUGAGGAAACGAGGAAGUUAGAUUAGCAGGGUGUCAGAGCAGGCAGCACAGAGGUAAUGACACAGUCCAAAGACUUUUUUUACUGUCAGUGUAAUAAUAAGUGCAGCGAGCACACCGAUCAGCAGGUGGCGGUAAUGUGCCAACAAAGACAGGGAAGAAGAAGCUAGUUAACGUAUGUAAACAAGGUUUCAGAAAAUGACUCUGCAACUGUUGAAUGAGGAAGGAAAUGCAUAGAAAUGCAACGUUAGACCUCAAGGAUACACACAACGUGUCUGGGUGAGUAAUGCAAAACAAACGCACCCCGGCCACAUCUCCAUCCACAGCCGCUGUGUUCGACACCGCUGUGCAGAGUUCAUUCUGAACAAGCUACAAACUACUUUAAAGAUCUGGUCAGUUCUUGUAGACUUUAAGGCAGAGCACUGAAUCUCUUCACAUUUCCGUUAAUCAUAAACAGCACUGCAGCAAUAAGAGAAGACGUGUCAAUAAAAUCCCUUUUAUAGAAACGACCCACGGUGUAAUAAACCAGAAAGAAUCUUUAAAAACAAGGACCUACGUUCAUUCUUGACCAUGACAAAAAGAAUGAACGUUAGAGAAGUCCUUGAAGCGCUCAGGAAACAAUGAAGACAUCUACAGUUGCAUGAUGACUGGGUAUACUGGUGAGGAAGACCUUGUGAUAUGAUUGAAAGCUCAGGAAAAGCUACUGAAUGGGCCAUAAGGUGAGGUUGUUGUAUGAGGGGUUAGGUUAUUGGUUGUGAAUCAUAAAGGAAGAAAUGGAAUGUGACUUGAUUUGAGUAGAAUAUUGUUCUGGUUCAUUGUUCCUUCUGAAGCCACUGUGGUGGAAUACUGUAAUACAGUAAUGGUUACCUGGUAUGGCAGCGUGACAGCACUGUUUUCAUCAGACCUCCCUUCAGGUCGUCACUCAUUCACUACCAAACAUUCAUUUUAAUGUCAUGUUGUCCUUCCCGCCUCUCUCUGAUCACUGUAUAGAAAACAUUCCAAACUGUAUUAUAAAUCUGCUUUUGUCAGUGUGUCUGCCUUAAUGACUUUCUAUGUGAUCAUCUUAAUUCAAAGAUAACUGUCUUUAUGCUCGUUAAUCCUAAAACACUCUGACAAGACUGAUAAAAACCAUGUUUUUGUUUAACUGUGCCAUGUUCGUUACACUAUGCCUGAAUGCAUUAUGCCACACAUUACUGAAAAAUAGAAUAAAAUGUGAUUUUUCUUUGUUUGGAA